CUCUCCCUCCUCCUUUCUUGAAGUCUGGGGUGAUACUAGUAUACCUGCUUGUGUUUCCAUUUGAGUUGGAAGUGCUAGAUCAAAAAUACUCUUGCACUCACAAAAAAGGCAAACAUUUACCUAGCUUGUAAAGUUAACUUAAGCACUGGAUAGUUCUCAAAGGCAGGUUGAAGGGUUUCCCGAUGCUGUUCGUUAAAAGGCCCAUUUGCAGAAGACUAUCCUGUGGAAUGCAGAGAGUACUCUAAGCAUCAGGAGAGAGUAUACAUGCCUAGGAUGUAAAAUCUAGGGCUUGUUUGCCGAGAAUGGCUUACUUUUACCCGAAGAAGAAACCCCAUCUAAAACACUGUUUUCUGUCUGUGAGUUACAAAGAACAGUAUUUGAUUUUUGUUUGCUGAUAUUAAGCAAAACUGGCUUUUUACUGCAGACUUGCAUUAUCUUUCCCUAAUGUGAACAGAAACAAGUUUAAGUUUAGAACUUUUAGGGAAAAUAAAAAAAUGAAAGAUGCAGCUGAGUUUCCUUCAUCAGCAGUAUUUGCUCCCUCAGUCCUGUUCCUGCUUGCAUUGCCUCAAACAGUCAUCUGGUCAACAUUAAUUUAUUUUUUGUUAGAUUUAGUAUUUGUUUGGAACAAAUACCUGCAUGGCCAUAUGUGUGCCAGAGGCAAUGUAUAGGAAGUUGUAAAGGGAAAGGGAGUCUGCUCUUCAUCUUGAUGUCAUCGUCUUGGAUCAGUGUAGGUUCUUGGCACUGAAUUCUGUGUCUCUUAAGCUUACAGUUCUUAGAGUCAGUGUCAAACUACUAAAGUGCUGAAAAAUGUGAUUCAAGGUGUCACGCAAGUGUCAGUGCGUCUGAUCCCACCUUGCGGGGAAACCAUUUCUCUUUCUAUUGAAUAUUUGAUACAGCAUCACAGGAAGUAGUUGGGCACUUGUUGUACCUGGGAGAGCUCAGUGAAGAUACAGAUGUGAUUGAGCUAAAGAGUAGGCACAAAUCUAGAAAAGUUUACUUGAACAUUCCUCCCACACACUAUUAAUUGAAGCGCCUACAGUGUGUUGGCUGUGAACAGUUUCUAUGGAGCUGUUUCUCCUAAACGCGGUCACUUCCUUUGUGAUAUCAUGGGCUAGUGUGAGAGUUACUGCAGUGACUCCAUUCUAUGCAGAAAUUCAUCAGGGAGUAAGCAGUCUUGGUGGUGGGCUAAACUUGCCUGAGUUUCCUUGCUGUUACUGCUUUUGAAAUAACAUUUUUGCAAAAGAAGUUUGGUACAAGUAUCUGUCUAGAUGUCCAGGCAUGCACAAAAGCUUAGAGAUCACGAUAUAAAUCCAUGUGUAGCGGAAACAGAUGCCACUACAAAAUGCCUGAAUGAAAACAACUAUAAGAAGGAUAUGUGUACUGCUUAUUUUUUGAAGUACAAAAACUGCAGAAAAUUCUGGGUCCAAGUAGUCUCAGUAUGUGUUGCUGGAAGACUUAAGCAGAUGCACAUCAAAGCACUUCACUCAAUUCUUCUAAGUUUACCCUCAGCAUGCCAUUAUGAUGCAAAGGAGAAGAAAUGGUGUGAAACCAGAGAUGCCCUCAGCAGACGAGAGAAAGAAAAUCUUGGAAUCAGUGGGGAAGCCCUACUGACUAGAAACUUGAAUUGACUGUUUUCUCUGUACAUAUGAAGACUUACCAGCAGCAAGUUACUGUUUUAUGAACUGAACUCUACAGUUGUCAUAUCUUGGAUUAAAAUAAGAUCUUAAGUUUUGAAAUGUGUGAGCUUUCUAGGAUAGAACUGCCUGGUUUGAUUCAUACUUCCUGUCAUGGGAACUUGGCCUUUUACUGGAAGACAUGAGUAUCAACACAACUUAUGUCUAGAUAUUUUGGAAGUAGAAACUAACUUGCUGUGAAAUGCUAAAUAUAAAAUUAAUGGGACCUGCAGAAAGUCUGAGUAAAAAGAGGGGGUGAUGAGUGUUGCAGUGUGGUUCUAAGACUGGAGCAGGUUGAGAAGCUGGUACAUGCAACGUGUUUCGUGCACCCAGCUAUUCUGCCCAACAGUAUGGAUUUACUAUGUGUGGUCUUAUCACUCUUUCCACGUGUGUUGAAUUCUGUGUCCCGAGUUUAAAUAAGACUGUUCAUAAACUAAAAUCCUAAAUGCAGCAAGCUCGUCGUUAGGUCUGCCACUGUACUUGUCAGUGACAGCAGAAGCUUGCAAUAAAUCAGAUCUGUAAGCUUUGCUUGUUACAAGGUUAGAGAGGUUGAUGAAGAUAGUUCAGACCUGAGGAAUUCAGUUCUGAAUAGUACUUUCUGUGGAUAGUAAAUAGAUACUUUGCUGGUGGGCAGGCGGGGGGGGGGGACUUGCAGACAUGUAAACAUAUACUCUGAGUGACAUGGCAGGUUUAACUAUAGUACAUCUAUCUAAGACUCUCUGGACAGCUGAAGCUCUGGGUUUAGAAAUGCUUACUCAUACAAGGCUACAAGCGCAGUUUGAACAGGUACUGUAAUCUUAAGUAGGAUUGAUUCCUUAACUAAACGGAACAGCUAAUAGGUGUAAACAGGUUGCUGUCUAGUGGAAAUAGUGUCUUCUUACCUUUUGCCUUCUGAUGUCGUGGCUUAAAAGCUUGAACCCUGUGGCAAAACAGAAAAACUACUAUCACGAGCUCAGGUUCCAUGUGAAAUCCUUUAGUACUUACUGGGAUCAAGUUGGCAGAACUCUGGCUGACCUCAUGGAGGAUAGUGUAAAAGUGUUGUCUCUAUUUAGACUGUUUUGGAAAGUCUUCAUGGCUUCCUGUUUCCCCUGUCUGGCUUGCCUUGUUUCUUUCCACUGGAGGCCUAUUUCUAUGCUUGCUGGGAUUUUUAUGUUGUUUCCACCUGCCUCCUUAUUUGAUCUGACUAAUAACUAUACAAAAUCUCCUUUCGCUCUUCCUUUCUGUUCUCCAUCUACAUCUGAGUUUUGAAAUGGAUUGAUCCUACCCUUUCUGUUAUUGGAAUAAGUGUGUAACUCUAUGCCUUUUGAGUAUGCAAUUCUCUGAGCAUAGCUGUGCGGCCUCUAAGCCAUGUCACAAGUUCUCUUGUCAGUUCCUGGCAAGGAAAAUGGACUUUCUUCAAUCAAGAUCAUAAGAUUCUUAAUUUCAAAGUACUUUCUCUGCACUUAAAUGCAAACUUUGACAUUUUACUUUUUUUUCCUCGUGUGGAACAGAGAAGAAAUUUUCAUUAUAGAUUCAAGGGCUUGCUUUUGUCCACUGCUGCUUUGCCACCUUCUUCCAAUACCCUCCUACAUACCAGUCUUUUUUUUCUCCCCAUUUGGCACCAAUUCUUUUUUUACUGAUUUGAGUGUUUUGGUCUGUUCUUAUUCCAUCUUUUUUCUAGCACCUUUGUUCUGUCUCUGAUCUAAUGAUGUAGUGUUGCAAUAAUGUUCUAAUACAUCUCCUUUUGAAGGUCUUGUGCUCUGUUCUUGUCAUAGUGAAAGAACUCCUUGCUUUCAUUAGUCAGACUUAGCCAUAGUACCUCCUCAUUGGCCAUGCCUCUCUCAGCUGCAAUUUUGAUGGAGCUAUUGUCCACUUUUCUUUGGGGCUGUGUCUCUCUGGACUCCUAGUUCUGCUGCCUUGCUUGCCUAAGGGCACCUUCUCUCCUACUUGGCACAGGUUUGUCAUUUGGCACCUCUGCCGUAUCUUUGGGCAUGUUCUUUGCUCCUAUGGCUUUAGCUACUAUUCUAGUGCUUGCUGUUUUUCUGCUGCCGUGCUCUUACACUCUGGGCUCACAGUAAUUAAAACAUAUAUUAGAUAUUAUACAAAAGAACUUAUCCUAAGUUUUCCUUUCAGGUUUUUUUCAAGUAUAGACAUUCUUUUUCCUAGGUAAACUGUUACAUUUACUUUUUUUUUUCCUGCCAAUAUUUGCUUGGAAAGUUUCCACUAGUGUUCUUUUCUUUUGAAGGUUGACUGACUUAUCUUUAGACUUUGAUAGGUACUCUGUACUGCUUUGUAAAGAACUAGUGCUGGACUUCAGAAAGUCAGAAAAAGAGGUGCAUUCCCUGCUUUCAAGUAUCAUUACAAGAAUGUGGGAACACAGGUUAGGCUAAGGCACAUGUAAUGAAAGAACAGUAGUCUAAUAUUAGACUUCCUGAUCAUCAGUGGACACACAUGGUGAGCUGUCUGUGGGUGUUACAACAAAAAUGAGUUUAGUGUAGAACUGAGAGCAAUUUAAGCAGUGAACUUGUAGAUUUAAUUCAGGUGAUCAGUCAUCUGUUGUAGGGAAUGCCACUUAUUUCCACUGCGUAUGCCUUAUAGUUACUGUUAAGUAACACAAGUUUAUGAAAAAUCAUGGAGAGCAAGAAGUUUUCUUCCUUGUGUUAUAACAUCUCGAGUGAUCUGUUAGUUGAGUAUGACUUUUCAUCAUUUUUUUCCCUCACUAGAGGUUGCUGUUCUUGCUUUCAUUACUGAAGCUCAAGUGGUAAAUUAUGAUAGCUAAAACAUAGGCUCUUAUGUAUGAAAUGGUUGAGUUUUUUCCAUUAAUUUCUGUAGUGUGAUUAACUGUCUUUGGUUGUGAGCCAAAGAUAAUGGUCUUUUCCUCAUACCUGAGAGCUUAUAUUCCACACUUCACUGAAACACUGAGGUGAGCUGUAGCCUGCCAGUCUUACUGGGCAGAAGUAAACUGGGCCGAAUUCUUAGUUUGCUAAAGCACACUUUUGUGUACUAACACAGAAAACAUAACACAAUGGAUCAAUAUAAUUAAUUCAGAAGCAAGGAAGGACCUGUGAGUUGGUUGUGGGUUUUAUUUUGGUUUUUAAAGGUUUUUUGAUUUGGGGGUUGUUUGGUUUUUUUGUUUGUUUUGUUGGGUUUUUUUUUUUUUUUAGUUUUGUGGUUUUUUUAAUAGGUAUAAUUAUUCAUUUUGUUUGUGGUACAAGGACCAAAUCUGGAUAGUAGCAUGAACAUUUGAUAACUUUUUUGUUUGACAGCUGGAUGGUGCUGUUGCACAACAGACUGAAAACAGCAGCACUCCACCCACUACUGGCUCUUUCAAGCUCUUUUGGCCUCUUCCCACAGAGGUAGCAGAAUUCAUGCAGGAGAAAGGAAAGAUAGGUGCUGUCUCUACACUGUAAACAGAAGAGGACAAGAGUCUAAAUCACUGCUGGGAAACAGGAGGUUUCUGCGCAGCCUGGGAAGCUUUGAAAUAGGGUCCUUGAAAGAAUAUUUUUUUUUUUUUUCCACAGUGGUCAUUUGAUCACAGCUGGGCACAGAGCAGCAGCUACAGGCUCUCUCCCAGGCUUAGGUGAAUAUCCAGACUCGCAUCUGUACACUUUUACCAUCUCAUUUUUCCAUUACCCUACAGUGCAAGGUCUUUGUCUGGCUCUGGGAGUUAGCUGCUGCCACAGUUGGAAUGAGUCUGCUCUUGAAGAUGUUAGAAGUAAGUUAUCUAGCUCUAGAGUCCUGAACAUUUCUUUGGGUUUAUCUGAAGCUUUUGAAAGGCAGGGAGUUGCACCUGCUGCGGCUGUGAAUCUCUUUCAUGGUCUUCACCUAAUAAAACUUCUGUGCUCGUGAUCAAGGGCAUAACAAGAUUUUGCUAAAACUUCUUCAGGACAGGCAGGAUAAAUUUACAGUAUAAAAUGUUAUUCUGCUCUAAUGCUUUUGUAGACAGCCCUUAGGUUAAAAGUAUCUACAUCUGUAGAGUUAGUCUUCAGAAAUAGCCAUUAAAAAAGUAAUCACAGUGUGAAAAAAGAUUGGAAAAGUAGUACACUAUUGCAGGCUUUUUUUUUCUCUUGAAAGAAUCUGAGGCAACUGGAGGAAGUAGUUCGGUAAGUAUCAAAGUACUAAAAAGUAAAACAAGCACACUACUUCAGAACUUUUAAAUUUUUAUUACAGCCUAUAUGAUAUGAAGAGGAGGGAAGUACUGCAUUUAUACUAGCUAAAUGCAGUGGGUUCUUAAAACUUCAGUAUAUGUUUUACUACGUAUGUGAUAUCAUAUGUAGUAACUCAAACCAUCAGAUUUUUGAAUAAGUAAUUUUUCUCCAUCCUUUAGGUUUCUGCCUUGAUGAUUUCUAUCUCAAAAUCCUUUUUUUUGAGGACUUUCAGCACUAUUCUUCCAAUCAUUACUCACUCUUAAAAGUCCCUCUACCCUUGAGCUGCCUCUUUACGUAUUUUACUUCAAUAAACAGCUAUGCAAUGCAAACAUUUGCUUAUAUCAAGAGACUCUGGCAGAACACAACAAAAUUCAGGAUACAACAAAAUUGAACUAGUGUCUUUGAAAACAGAAGAUAAUUGCAAUAUAAGGUGAUGUUUAAUGAUAAAAAAGAUUAUGCUCAAGAUAGAAAUGAGGUACUGACUAAAUACAGUAAAAGCAGUUCACAGCUGUAUGACAGCAUUAUACUUAUAGUAGAAAUAGGGGCCAUCAGUUCAAGCUUGCAGACAUAAGUCUUUGAAGAAUCCAAAUGCUUUAAUUGAUGAUAAAAGAUCCCAACUGUUUUGUCAAAAAAAAGAUUUUACAGCAUUUUCACAGAAAUGGCCUGCUGGUAAUAUUUUGUUAUUGUAUUGCAUGUGAAUCUAAAAUUUUUUCUUGCUCUCAAAUGUGGACCUACCUCUAAGCAGUCCUUGGUGGCAGUUUCAUGCAGCUGGUGAAGUGAAUGUGGUUGCAUGUGACAAGUAGGGUGACAUUUUCUCCUGAUUUUUGUUAAAUAGCGGAAUCAAAUGAAGUUGCUGCAUUGGGCUAUGUUAGUCAUACAAUGCUUGCUUCAAUGCAUAAGUAACAAAAGGAUGGAAUAGAGAUAAGAGGAUAAAUUCUUAAGGUGGGGGGUGGACUAUGAAUUUGCCAUAUCCUGCAAUAUCAGUCUUCAGAACUUCAGCUCUAUGUUUCCUGAUGCUGAGUGGAUUUGAACAGGUGUUACUGAUAGUCUAAGAAAUACUGUGUUUUAGUAUUCUUCCAUUUGACUGUCAAACAACUACAAUAGUUCUUAAGUUAAAGAUGACAGUUCAAGGUCUUGGGCUGGUCCUAUACAGGAUUGAAGAACUACUUUGACUGUCAGAUUUCAAAUGAACAGAUCCUUAAGGAUCUACACUUGUUGUCUGUCAUGGUGUUUAGACAUCUAGAGCCUGUGGAUGCCAGUUUGGUAUUAGAAGUCCCUGGUGCUUUAUGUUCUACCUUGCACUUUGAUGCUGACAGUGCUGAUGGACUGCUGGAAUUUAUGGAAUAAAUAUUUCACUCCCAUCA